AUGGCGCCCUUGAAAGCAAGCGCCAUCGGUCCAGGAGUCCUAGGCGUGGAUCGCAGCAGCGACCUCGAAGUCGCUCGAGGAACAGGCACGGACGUCGCGAGGAAGAUAGCCAGCAUGGGGAGCAACGUCGUCGUGAGCGCGACUCGAGUGGCCCUCCCAGGGAUCAACGUUCGAGUAACCGACAAGACUCUGACCGUGAUGCCGGACGUACAUCGGGACGUGAUGAAGCAAGCCGACACGAAGACUCUCGGUGACCCGAACUUGCCCGCCGUCAACGACGACCCGCGAGUGGGCACGGUGCUUCCAUGUACGAUCAAGGCGCUUAAAGGGAAUACGGGUCGCAACACCGAGUCGUUUGAUCCUGCGUCGACGUUGGUUCGUCCGUCGAUGCGAGUUGUCGUCGGUCCCAAGAAGCGCGUGUUUGACAAAGUGUUGAAGCACGACGACGUGGUCGUGGUCCCCGACUUCUUCUGUGCCGAGGACGAUUGGUCCAUUUACUACAAGUUGAUCGAAGAAAUGCGAUCGAUUCAGUCGGCGGGGCAGUCCAAGUCGGAGUGGAUUCCCUGGGCGGAAGGGUGCCACUUGAUCUCGCAAAACCCCACAGGGUGCCCCACGUACGAGGACGUGUUGAAGCGGACGGGCGAGUACUUCAAUAUGAAACAAGGGUCCCAAGGCACGCGCUUCAACUGGUACCGCGACAGUUCGGACUGGAAGCCGUUCCAUCACGACAGCGCCGCGUACAACCCGCAUCGCGCGCGCAAUCAAAAUAUCACGGUCGGUGUGUCAUUUGGUUCGGAGCGCGAGUUGUCGUUCCUGCAUGCCAAGAACGGGUCGCGCAUUUACUUUCCACAGACGAAUGGCAUGCUGUUUGCGUUUGGCCGGGACGUCAACAUUAAUUGGAAGCACGGCGUGAAUGCGCUGGCAAACGAGCACUUUAGCGGCAAAGGGCGGAUUUCCAUCAUUUUGUGGGGACUCGCGCAAGAUGUGGUCGAAGAACCAGACAGUCCGCCGUUGCUGACAAACGACGCGAGAAAUGGCUUUGACAACUCGAAUCAUCGCAGCGACCAGCGUGGCGAUCGCGGUCGCUCUUCGCACACCCCGUUCAAUGAUGGAACCCAACCGCGUCGUCGGUAG